GUUUUUAUUGUAAAGGAUUUUUAGGCUAGAUAACAGAGUCAUUCUAGCUUAAUCCCGGCUCACUGUUUUAGUGAUUCGUGGUUCGUUGGUUGGUUUUGUUGAAUCAUUGCUGGAAAUAUACAGUCCCAGCCCCUUUGGACUGAUUUUGGAUAAAGCAGUUUCUGUCUUAAGGGAUUUGACUCAGUUCACGGCUUCGGUCUCUCUUGCUGAAUUGUGACUGAUGUCUGUGGAUUGUGGAUGUCCACCAGUCAACUGUUUCCAGAGUAAUGGUGUGUCUUGACGUAUGUGACCCCAGUAAAGCAGAAAACCUGCCAUGGACCUCCGGGGGCUGAAAUCAGGAGGAAGGGCUAUGCAAAUGAAGCGUCCCUUCCUAUAAAGGGUUCCUUCCCACCACCCUGGCACCUUUGGCUGCUGAAGGGAAGAACAGGAUGGAUGUGCUAAGGUGCUGCUUCCCUCUGUUGGUGCUGAGUGCUGUGCUGGCUGUGGGGGCCGUAGAAGGAUCCAGGAACCAGGACUGGCUUGGUGUCCCACGGCAACUUGGAACUAACACCUGGAACAGGGAGCUGUACCCCGAGUGGACAGAGGUGCAGCAGCCCGACUGCUGGAGAGGGGGCCAGGUGUCUCUGGAGGUCAGAAAUGAUGGGCCUACGCUGGUUGGUGCAAACACCUCCUUUUCCAUUGCCCUGCAGUUCCCUGAAAGUCAAAAGGUACUGCCAGACGGGCAGGUUAUCUGGGCCAACAACACCGUCCUCAAUGGGAGCCAGGUGUGGGGAGGACAGCCAGUGUAUCCACAGGAACCUGAUGAUGCCUGCAUCUUCCCUGAUGGCGGACCCUGCCCGUCUGGUCCUCAGCCUCCAAGAAGAAGCUUUGUCUAUGUUUGGAAGACCUGGGGACGAUACUGGCAAGUUCUGGGGGGCCCAGUGUCCAGGUUGAGCAUCGCAACAGGCCACGCGAGGCUAGGCACGCACACCAUGGAAGUGACUGUCUACCACCGACGGGGGGCCCAGAGCUAUGUGCCCCUUGCUCACGCCAGUUCCACCUUCACCAUUACUGACCAGGUCCCCUUCUCCGUGAGUGUGUCUCAGCUGCAGGCCUUGGACGGAGGAAACAAGCGCUUCCUGAGAAAUCAGCCUCUCGUCUUUGCCGUUCGGCUCCACGAUCCCAGUGGCUAUUUGGUUGAGGCUGACCUCUCCUACACCUGGGACUUUGGAGACAACACUGGGACCCUGAUCUCCCGGGCAGUUGAGGUCACUCACACUUACCUGGGGUCCGGCUCAGUCACUGCCCAGGUUGUACUGCAGGCUGCCAUUCCCCUUGUUUCCUGUGGUUCCUCCCCAGUCCCAGGUACCACAGAUGGCUACAUGCCAACUGCAGAGGUACCCGGAACCACGUCUAGGCAAGGGACCACUACAGAAGUUGGUACGACAGCUGGCCAGAUGCCAACUACAGAACCCUCUGGAACCACAGUUGUGCAAAUGCCAACCACAGAGGGUACAGCUACUACCUCUGAGCAGCCACUGACCUCAGCGGUCUUAGAUCCCACACUGGCAGUGAUGUCAACUACACAGGGUAUCGGUACCACAGCCACAAGGCCCUCUGGAGCCACGGUUGCACAAGUAACGACCACAAUGCUGGUAGAAACUACCAUUGAAGACUUACCCACUCCUGAACCUGAGGGUCCAGAUGCCAGCACAUUUCUGCCUACAGAAAGUUCUACAGGGCCCAUCACCCCUCUCCUGGAUGGCACAGACACCUUAAUGCUUGCGAAGAGACAAGUUCCCUUGGAUUGUGUUCUCUAUCGAUAUGGUUCUUUUUCUCUCACCCUGGACAUUGUCCAGGGUAUCGAAAAUGCUGAGAUCCUGCAGGCUGUGCCAUCAAAUAGAGGCGAUGCAUUUGAGCUGACUGUGUCCUGCCAAGGCGGGCUACCCAAGGAAGCCUGCGUGGACGUUUCAUUGCCAGGGUGCCAGCUCCCUGCCCAGAGGCUGUGCCAACCUGUGCCACCAAGCCCAGACUGCCAGCUGGUCCUACACCAAGUACUAAAAGGAGGCUCAGGGACUUACUGCCUCAAUGUGUCUUUGACUGAUGCCAAUAGCCUGGCAGUGGCCAGCACCCAAAUUGUUGUUCCUGGUCAAGAAGGUAGCCUUGGGCAGGCUCCCAUGCUUGUAGGUGUCUUACUGGUGUUGAUGGCUGUGGUCCUUGUGUCUCUGAUAUACCGGCACAGACUUAUGAAGCGGGGCUCAGUCCGUCCUGUUUCCCAACUGCCACAUGGUAGCACCCACUGGCUGCGCCUGCCCCCAGUCUUCCGCACCUCCCGCAUUGGUGAAAACAGUCCGCUCCUCAGCGGGCAGCAGGUCUGAGCACCCUCACCAUGUUGCGAGUUUCCUGGGGUUGACAGCAAUGCCUGCCGCAUUCCUGCAGUCUUCCCUUGGAGACUACCAAUACCUGAAAUAAAGUCUCAG